AUGUACUGCUACACUCUUGAGAUUGGGGGCUUGGUGCUCCCAGAAGCAGAGGAUGUCUUGAGUGGCAUGACAAAUGCUUUCAUCCAGAGCAGUGGAGAUGUCAAUGGCAUGCAUCUUGGCAUGCUCAUGCUUGCUGUGAUUCCAGACCCAAGUAGCCUUGCUAAAGCCAGGAAGACAUUGAGGCAGCAGGAUCUUCUGGAGGAGCAGAGGUAA